UCACCCAGCGGUUCUCUCUUCCCCUUUGUUCGUUUUGAUUUUGGGUCUACUUCGAUUACGUACCCAGCUUCAGCAGUUUCCCAGCUUCAGCAGUUUCGUAAUUGCAGAUUGAAGCAUUGUUUAUAGGUUGGUAUUGAGACUUUGCUUCGUGCUUGCUUGAGUCUGCUGCGUGGUAGAAUCUUGAAAAUGGAAGAAUUUAGAAGGGCCAUAUUGCAGCCUGGACCACCUGAAAGCUUUGCUCUCCAGACCGUUCAAGAAUUCAUUAAACCCCAGAGGCAAACCAAACUAGCCCAAGACGAGAAUCAAUUGUUAGAAAAUAUGCUUCGGACAUUGCUUCAGGAGCUUGUGUCUUCUGCAGUACAGUCAGGGGAGGAAAUAAUGCAGUAUGGGCAAUCAAUUGAUGAUGGGGAAAACUUUCAGGGUCAGAUUCCUCGUCUUUUAGAUGUUGUGUUGUAUCUUUGUGAGAGAGAACAUGUUGAGGGCGGUAUGAUAUUCCAGUUGUUGGAAGAUUUGACAGAAAUGUCUACAAUGAGGAAUUGCAAAGAUACUUUUGGUUAUAUAGAGAGCAAGCAAGACAUACUUGGGAAGCAAGAACUUUUUGCUCGUGGAAAACUUGUGAUGUUGAGAACGUGUAACCAACUUCUUCGUCGUCUUUCAAAGGCUAAUGAUGUUGUAUUUUGUGGACGAAUUCUCAUGUUUUUGGCACAUUUUUUUCCACUGUCUGAACGUUCAGCUGUGAAUAUAAAGGGAGUUUUCAACACAUCAAAUGAGACUAAAUAUGAGAAAGACCCACCUGCUGGUAUUUCUGUUGACUUUAACUUCUAUAAAACUUUAUGGAGUUUACAGGAACACUUCUGUAACCCAGCUUCUCUAACGCUUGCUCCAACCAAGUGGCAGAAAUUUACAUCCAGUUUGAUGGUUGUGUUGAAUACCUUUGAAGCUCAGCCUUUGAGCGAGGAAGAAGGAGAUGCUAACAACUUGGAGGAAGAGGCAGCAACUUUUAACAUAAAAUAUCUCACAAGCAGUAAAUUGAUGGGUUUAGAGUUAAAAGAUCCAAGUUUUCGACGCCAUGUUCUUGUGCAGUGCCUUAUAUUGUUUGACUAUCUUAAGGCUCCUGGAAAGAAUGACAAAGAUUUGACAUCUGAAAGCAUGAAAGAAGAAAUAAAAACUUGUGAGGAGCAUGUGAAGAAACUACUUGAAACAACUCCACCUAAAGGAAAGGAUUUUCUUCAAAAAAUUGAGCAUAUACUUGAACGUGAAAAGAAUUGGGUAUGGUGGAAACGAGACGGUUGUCCUCCAUUUGAAAAGCAGCCAAUAGAGAACAAAACAGUCCAAGAUGGAAAUAAAAAACGUAGGCCAAGGUGGAGACUCGGGAAUAAAGAACUCUCCCAACUGUGGAAGUGGGCAGAUCAGAAUCCGAAUGCUUUGACUGAUCCUCAACGCGUUCGAACUCCUGCCAUCACAGAAUAUUGGAAACCCUUGGCCGAAGAUAUGGACCCAUCAGCUGGAAUAGAAGCUGAAUAUCACCACAAAAAUAACCGGGUAUAUUGCUGGAAAGGUCUGCGUUUUUCAGCUAGGCAGGACUUGGACGGAUUUUCCAGAUUUACCGACCAUGGUAUUGAAGGAGUUGUUCCCCUAGAACUACUGCCACCAGAUGUCCGGUCCAGAUACCAAGCUAAACCUAGUGACAGAACUAAGCGUGCCAAAAAGGAAGAGGCAAAGGGUGCAUCAAAUCAAGCAGAAGAGAAUCAGAUUGCAACACCUGCAAGUGAGAUUGAUGGUGAAGGAGUCAGAGCUGAUGAAUCCUCUGCUGCUCCAAUGGACACUGAUGCAAUGGCUACAGCAGUCAGUACCUCCCAAGGUGGCACUCCAACACCUGAAGAACAUCAAAAGCAAAGCCCUGACACGGAUGUUGGUCAAGAGGCAGGCCAAUUAGAAGCUGAUGGGGAGGUAGAGGCAGGGAUGAUAGAUGGAGAGACAGAUGCAGAAGUAGAUUUAGAAGCAGUUAGUUGAAUCUGCAAUGUUUUCUUUUUCUUAUUUUUUGGGUUCAUUAAGUUGAUUAUGAAAGUGAUUAUAAUGAUCUAACUGAGAAAAGGCGAGGAUUGUAUUAUUUAUUCUACUCAAUGAAGUUCUCCGAAGUUGCCUCAUUAA